CCUACUGUAACCAGUCUUUGUUAAUAAAAGGCAUGAGGUACCACGCCAAAUCUCUCAUAUUGCAUCAAAGUUUACUUAGAAAGGGAGAUCCUUUAGUUUCUUGAAGAAGUCGGCGUAUAUAUCUAAGAGACAUAGGGAAGAUCAAAGAGAGAUGGGGAGGGCUCCUUGCUGCGACAAGGCUAACGUGAAGAAAGGGCCAUGGUCUCCUGAAGAAGACUCAAAGCUGAAGGAUUACAUUGAGAAAUUUGGAACUGGUGGGAAUUGGAUUGCUCUCCCUCACAAAGCUGGUCUGAAAAGAUGCGGGAAGAGCUGCAGGUUGAGAUGGUUAAACUAUCUCAGGCCAAACAUUAAACAUGGUGAUUUCACUGAUGAAGAAGAUAGGAUUAUCUGCAGCCUGUUUGCCAGUAUUGGAAGCAGAUGGUCAAUAAUAGCUGCUCAGUUACCAGGAAGGACAGACAAUGAUAUCAAGAACUACUGGAACACCAAGCUUAAGAAGAAACUCAUGGAUAUGACUAUGACUUCUCAAUCCCAGAGAAAACCACCAGCAUUCCCACCUUCUCAUCAAACUCCAUUUGUUACAUUAUCAUCUCUAUACAAAGACUGCCCUAGUUAUUACACUCCAACUGGAUCUUUCACAGCCUUUGAACCAAUGUCAUCGGUUCAACCUGAUCUUUUGAACAAUGAAAGCCCUACCUUUGCUACCAAUUCUUCUUUUAUUCACACCUCGGAGAGUUUGAUGAGUUACAUUCAGUAUUAUCCAGCGAAAGAAAACUUUCUCAUGUUUGGGAGUGGAGAACCAAGCUGCAGUUCAUCUGAUGGAAGCUCUAGCCACAUCAGCUACGGGAGAGAGAUCAAGCAAGAAGACAUGAGCAAUUUCCAGGGUUUUGGUGCCUCUAAUAGCUAUGGAGAUGAUUUUAAGUUCAUGUUGAACCAUGGCACCAAUACUAGAGGUGAAUAUGUUAGCCAAUGGAUUGAGAAGCCAAGUGGGUACAAUUUCAACAAAGAUCUUGAAGAGAUUAAGAGGUUGAUUAGCUCUAGCAGUAAUAAUGGCUGUAGCGACAACUUCAUUGAUGAAAACAAGACAGAAGAGAAAGUCAUGUACUACUACUACUGAAUCCACUGACUGCAGGUGUAAAAUCAGAAAGAUUUGAUGGGGUAAGGGGCAAAGGUUGGAUUGAUGGAUUUGAUAGUGUUUGGAGAUUCAAGACUUUCAGUUUCUGGGGUUUUGUGUUAUGAUGAAAUGAAACAUUUCUACUUUUGACAGUACAUGGUAAAAGCUCUAAAGCUCUUUUUUA